ACUUAGAAUAUGCUUUGACUUCGGGGGUAAGUAAGCUCUCAAACCGCCUGCCGACCUGCAUCCGUUCCCCAUUUCUCACUUCCGACGUUGAUUUUGUUUAAAUAUAGUCAGCUGAAAAACUUUUUUAGUUAGCUUUGGUAUUCUAUUCUCUAUUAGGAUUAGCUACAUCUUUGCAUUCUUACUUUGUUACCUUGAUCGGGUGGUGGCUGCGGCGGUGCAACUGUGAGAUAAAGCGUUAGUGAUGGGGCCUGGAGGACCUGGUGGAGGAGGAGGACCGGGUGGUGGAGGUGGUUGGGGAGGCCCAGGUGGUGGCGGUCCGGGAGGAGGUGGAUGGGGAGGCCCUGGCCCUGGAGGACCUGGCGGAUGGGGCGGCCCUGGGCCUGGAGGACCUGGUGGCUGGGGCCCUGGCCCGGGAGGCCCUUGGGGUCCUGGCUUCAUGGGAGGACCUGGCUUUUUUGGAGGGUUUGCUGAUGGGUUAUGCAGCAUGUUAUCUUCUUGCUUCUACUGCUUGUGCUGCUGUUGUUUGCUGCAGGAAUGCUUCGGCGGCGGUCCUCGUGGUGGAUUUGGUCCUCCCGGAGGAGGCCCUCCCUUCUGAAUCUUGUGAUGCCAAUUUGUUUUACUACUACACUAUCUUAUGAAGUGUGUUAUUUGAUUCAGUGACCAUGGUACAUGUUGUGAAUUCUGAAUCAUUUUGUUAAACUAUUACUUUAAAUAAUCUUGUUCUUUAA